CAAGUGGAAUAAACAGAAAAUGAGGAUCGUAUUUUAUUUACUGCUGAUGCUAACAGUGGGACGAUGCACAAAAAAAAAAAACUUUGAGACAAAGACUGUUGGUGUUGGAGUUUCUGUGGAGCUGACUUGUCCCCGCAAGUCUUCGGGAAGCUUGUUUUGGAUCAAGAUUGAUUCUAGAGACUUUCCUGAAGUCUUAAGAAAGACAUUUAGCCUUAAGAGUAAUGAUCGCAUCACAGCUAGAGAAGAGCGUGAACUAUUUGUUCUACAUAUUAAAGAAGCAAAGCUAAGUGAUGCUGCGGUCUACUACUGUAUUCAAAUAAGCCAACAGAACUUCGAAUUCCUCACACAAACUGACCUAAGAGUUAAAGAACCUGAAAGCACUGCAGUUUCUCCAACUGAUCCAGUCCGUCCUGGAGACUCUGUGACUCUGCAGUGUUCAAUACUCUCCAACUCCGGGAACAAAACACGACCAGAGGAACAACAUCUGUGCUGUUUCAAGGCUUUUAAUCAAAGUUUGAAUAAUACUCGAGGAAACGUUGUUGAAGUACAUGAAAAGGAAUCAGGUGGACCCUCAAAGAAGAAAUGUGUCUACAGCUUAUACAAGACAUGUGACUGCGAUGUGGCCACAUGUGAGGACAUCAUUUCUGGAAAUAGAUCAGAACUCAACACUACAGACUUCAUGUUGAAUCAGCAGCAGAAGAACAAUACCAUCAUCUCUCUGUUAGGUGCUGCUUUGGCUAUAUGUGUGAUUGUUAAUGCCUUUCUCAUUUAUGCAAUCAAGAAACUGAAGGGGAAAUCCUGUGGUGUUUGCAACACUGCUGUUACUCUGCAUACAAAUGAAACAACAGCGGGUCAAAAUCAGCGAGGUCAGCAGACAGAUGAUGACUCGUUGAUUUAUUCUGCACCAACCUUCAUCAGAAGGAAAUCUAGCAAAGGGACUGGGGGUGCAAAAGCAAUGAAAGAAGAGUGUAUCUACACUGAUGCCCGGGCUCUUAGGUUGGCUUGAUGGUGUAAUACUGGAUUUGCUAAUCUUUGCAGAUGCAAUAUUUAUUUUCAUUCUGUUCAAGAAAGGUACUAGCCCCUAAUGUCAUUAAUCCAAUUAAUAUAUUGGAUUGUACUGUAUGUAUAUGUUUUGCACACAUGAGUAAUCUUCAUGACACAAAAGUAAUAUAAAAGCUACUGUAAGCUUGUGUAGAUAGACAUACUGUACACUGUAGGGAUACAUAUUUGUUUCAUUGUGAGUUAUCAAAGUUGUGAACAACAACUUGCAUCAUACAGUUUCAAGUCAUACAUUUACAUUUUCCAAAUCUGUGUACUGUCUGUGUCAAUGCUAUGUAAAGAUAAUUGUGUGUUGCUUUUUUCCUAAUAAAUAAUUGAAUUUUCACAAGAGAUACCAAACUGAUAAGCAAUUGAACCUGCUGCUCUGCUCACACAUACAGAUACAGCUCAGAUUUAUGAACAUACUGCACAUGUUUAACCACCCCCCACCCCCCCUUAGUUAUUACCUAAACAAGCUCGGCAUUAUACUUUUGCUCACAUAGGUCAACCAAACUCAGGUCAAAGUUCAUUAAAUGUGUACAUAUCUUUUUAACAUCAUAUAGCCUACAUCCAUUGAACACACAAAAUACCCAAUAAUCCAGAAGGCUUGCAUAAAAACUGUUUUUCCAUAGUGAUGUCAAUAUGGGUUAAGACUAAAAAGUAAAUUAUAUAUAUUUAUAUACCUAUUUACUGCUUUACAAAUUGUAUGCAGUAAUUCUUUUUCAGAUACGCUGGUUCCAGUGACCACAGUUGAACUUGGUAAUCUGCGACCGUCACCUGUGCUACGCUUAAUUUUGAGAGUCAGCGUAAACAGCUCCACUACAAGCAGAGUGCAGAAGAGCCAAUACUUCAUAACAGAAUAAUGACCCAAUCAAGUGAUGUAUCUCAAUUUGCGUACUUCUGUAGUUGAAUUUUCAGUUUGAGUGCAUAACAGCGUCCCAAAGUGUAUGUGCUAUGCGUACCUGAAUCUUGCACUCAUAACACUGUUGAACUGUGGACACAUCUCUCACUGGAACACUAUGCCAAAAAAAUUGAAACUGAGCAUUUUGAUUCCCUUGCAUCAUUUUAAAACACGGCUGGAUGAAAUGUUAUUAGA